AUGACUUCGAACGUAAGAUUAGAGAUUGGAGAGACCCACCAUGGUCGCGGCUUGGAGAAAGCGACAGCAUCACCUUCGUCGCGGGUAGCCUUCCGGUCAUGCACGACUGGCUUGGCGAGAACAUAUGCUACAGAAGCUACAGCCCAGCAUCUCCCCACCGAUGUCAAUGCCGCGCUAUCACGCACCUCUGUUCUCUUUAAAACGUACAAACCUGUCUCCCCCGGUAUACGACAUCUUAAGCGUCCCCUCGCGCCCCAUAUAUAUAAAGGCCGGCCUCUCCGACUGCUCACAGUCGCACUUCGUAAGAAGGGCGGACGUAACAACACCGGUCGCAUCACAGUUCGCUCUCGGGGAGGUGGACACAAGCGUCGAAUUCGACUUGUUGACUUUGUCCGUUCGGAACCAGGACCUCAUGACGUGGUCCGUGUGGAAUACGAUCCUAACCGCUCCGCUCACAUUGCGCUGCUCAAAAAUCGAAACCCUAAUGUGGAUGGAAGCAAAGUUUGGAGCUAUAUUCUUGCGUGCGAGGGGCUUCGUGCGGGGCAUGUCGUAGAGAGUUUCAGGCAGGGUAUUCCUGAAGGUCUAGUACCCGGCUUUGUUGACUCGAAAGACGUCCGCGGAAAGGUUUUGGACCACACAGAUCAGGAGGGGCAGGUACAAUCUACAUCAACCGCUUCUCUCGCACUGGGCGUGUUGCGUUCGCUCACGAUCAAGCCGGGAAAUGUGCUCCCACUCCGUCUCAUUCCAACGGGCACGAUCAUCCACAGCAUUUCACUCGACCCCCAAGGUCGCGCCAUUCUUGUUCGUUCCGCUGGUACAUUUGCCCAGGUAGUUGCGCACGAGGACUCGGGACGAUACACGCAGGUACGGUUGCAGAGUGGUGAGGUGCGAAAGAUUCUGCAGGACUGCGUGGCUACUAUUGGCAAAGUCAGCAACCCGCUGUGGAAAAACCGCAAUCUCGGCAAAGCGGGUAGGAGUCGGUGGCUGGGACGUAGACCGCAUGUACGAGGUAUGGCGAUGAAUAGAUGCGACCAUCCUCAUGGAGGAGGUCGUGGAAAGUCGAAGGGCAACAAGCAUCCGCGUUCUAUAUGGGGCUGGUUGACGAAGGGCAAGCGCACGCGUAAACCGGGUCCGAAGGGGCCCAAAAACAGCAACAAGAUGGUAGUGCGUGAGAGGCCACGGGGUAAGGAGAAGCGGAGUAAUUAG